GGAUGCUUACAAAAGGGAUGCAAGGAUGUAAGAGAUCUGUCGUAUUGCUAUAAAUAAUAAUUGUGAAUGAAUGUAUGGACAAAUUGAUAUACUUAUAAUCCCACCAAAAGUAUUUGAUAAUGCCAGAACGAAUUGAAAUUGGUGUUAUUCCUGACAAUCUCCGACACGAAGAAACUAUUGUUCAAAUAGCAGAAGCUCUUGACAAUCUGGGUUCUGCUGUUGACUAUGUAUUUGAGUCUGUCGAUAAAAGGCUUUUCGAAAAUGGUCAGAGAUUAUCAAACAUUAAAAAUAGAGCAACAAAACUCCAAGAUCGAUUACAAUAUUUGCAAACUAAUUUGAAUUUAAAAGCAGUGAAAAUGUAUUCUGCUGCAAAGUACCCUGCCAGUCAUACCUACAAGGAAUAUGAAAUGACUAUAAAGCCUGAGUGUAAUAAUACUAGUAAAAUACCAAAAGCAUACAAAUGUUCUGUACCCAUAAAGAAUGUUCCUGAAACAUACCUAUCCUCUAAUUGUAAAACAGAGGAUGGCCAAUAUGUAGCAAAUAAUAAUUUGCAAGAAAAGUUACAAUUUUAUCAUGUUAGAUCUAAAUCAAAUAAAGAAGCUUAUCUAAAUGGCAAUGAAGCAUCAUUUCCUCUUCAUAUGUCUUCUAUUAAUGCACUCUUAUUUAAUAGUAUGGACAAUCCCUAUAAGGUAUCUAUAAAAGAAAGUAGUCACAAGAUAAAUGAUAAACAAGAAAUUGAAGAUGCACCUGAUUCAAUUAUACAACCAUGGAAAUCAGCAGAAACAGACUCCUCUUCUAGUUAUCUUUAUACGCCAACUCUAGGCGAGGUACCGCAAAUAAAUGUACCACCGAUGCUUCCAGAUUUACCUGGUAUUGUGGACGAUGAAAAGUUUGUUUUAGAUCUUAGUUUUCAAAGUCCGAUCGCACCAUCCUCAGCGGUAACAACGCCCACUGUUCGACCUGACCUUCCAACUCCCACAUCAACAACAAAUAAGAAGGAUUCAAGUACAAAAUUCGAACAUAGUGUACCGAAUCUACCUGGUUUUUCUGAGAAUGAUUCUGCGAAAGAUUCUGUUCAAAAUAUUGCACCGCCUCCUCCUCCUCCUCCUCCACCAUUGAUGCCAUCCGACAAGUCUAUUUCAGCUCCUUCAGAGACUCAGCAGCCUUUACCCUCUGUUCCCCCGAUGGUACCUCCGCCACCACCACCGCCUCCACCGCCACCACCUUCAUCAAAAACUAACGUAUCAGAUUCUCAAAAAGAUUCUAAAAAGAAUGAAGUUGUUGAUAAGAAAAGUAAAAUAGCAAAUGUGGAUGAUCGUUCGAAUUUAAUGGCAGAGAUUCGUAACGCGGGUGGCAUAGGAAGGGCCAAAUUAAGACACACAGUGCAAUCAGACGAAAAAGGGAAUCGCUGGUCUUCUGCGUCAGUUGGAGGAGAUUUAAUGGCUGAUCUACAUGCUAAACUGGCUCUCAGGAGAAAAGGAAUUGCCGGAUCAACGGGCAGUCCCUUGGAAAGAAUGUCCAGCCUAAUUCCUCCUCCUCCUAAGCCGAAUGAAACAACUACGUCGGAUAGAAACUCGGCUACCAGUGAAUAUGAUUCUCAACCAGACACCGAUGACUGGGAUGAGUAACGUUUAAUGUAAUAUCACUAGUAUGUACAAUUUUUGCAUUUUUCAAGGAGAAAGAAUGAGCUCAGAUGGUACGAAUAACUCUUAGAAUAACUUUAAGCAUUUGAAAACUUAAGGUACAGGAGAGGAAGUUUUCUCAAGUUCGUUCUUUUUCUUUGAUCCUGAUUACAGUUUGAACAGUUACAAAUAAAUUAAAUAAUGCAAAUAUCGUAUUAGCCGACACAAAAUAACACUACUAUUUAAAAAAAAGAAUAAAUACUUAAAAAAAUGUAACACUAUUUUUUGAUACAUACAUAGAUUAAAUGCAUUCAUUUAUUA